AAGUCAUGCCUUACCUAGUUUGACGAUCUGAGCGCUAUCCGCUUACACGAGGCAUAGAAGAAAAUGGAAGAAGAUGAGACUUUAGGAGCUGAAACUGAAAGGGCAACAGUUGAAGCACGUGCUACUCCUGAGGCUGGUCGGCAGAUCUCAGUCAGUGAGUUCCUUUGUCACUGCUGUUACGAUAUUCUGGUCAAUCCCACCACCCUGAACUGUGGGCACAGCUUCUGCAGGCAUUGCUUAGCCUUGUGGUGGGUGUCGUCCAAGAAGAACGAAUGCCCCGAAUGCAGAGAAAAAUGGGAAGGGUUCCCCAAAGUCAACAUCCUUCUCAGGGAUGUUAUUGAAAAGCUAUUUGCCGAUGCCAUUGAACAAAGAAAAGAAGAUAUUCAACAAAGCAGUGAUGUAGCACGCAGCUUAGCAACCUUCCAAAGAUAUGGGAAUGACCAGAUCCCUGCAGUUCUGAACACAGGAAGAAUUAAUCCUCGAGGAGGAGGGUUUUUCUCAGGCGUUCUGACAGCUUUAACUUGUGUAGCAGUAGUUCUACUUGGAUACCACUGGAGUAGCAGAGAAUUUGAAGAAGAUCAUCUUGUCCACAAGGCCGUUGCUAAAUGGACUGCUGAGGAAGUGGUACUUUGGCUAGAGCAGCUGGGCCCGUGGGCUUCACUUUAUAAAGAACGAUUUUUACUGGAGAAAGUGAAUGGGAGACUCCUUCUAACUCUGACAGAGGAGGAUUUCACAAAAGAGCCUUAUAGUAUAGAGAACAGUAACCAUAGAAAAGCUAUUACGGCGGAACUGGAAUGUGUGAAAUCUUUAGGUGUUAAACCACCACAGAACCUUUGGGAAUAUAAGGCAGUAAAUCCAGGAAAAUCACUCUUUCUUCUGUAUGCACUGAAGAGUUCCCCAAGACUCAGUAUGUUAUACCUGUAUUUGUUUGAUUACGCAGAAGCUUUCCUACCUUUCAUCCACACAGUUUGCCCUAGGCAAGAGGAUAAGCAUGAAGAUACCUUCACAAAACUGCUAGACCUUAAAGAUCCUUCUUGGAAACAAUGGCGGGAAUUCAUUGUUAAGUAUUUAUUUUUGCCAUACCAGCUGAUAGCUGAAUUUGCUUGGGAUUGGCUGGAUGUGCACUACUGGACAUCAAGAUUUAUAAUUGUAAAUGCCAUGUUGCUCUCUGUUCUGGAACUAUUCUCCUUCUGGAGGCUCUGGUCAAGAAGAGAAUUGAAGACUGUUCCGCACAGAAUGUGGAGACAUUUCUGGAAAGUCUCAACACAGGGACUUUUUGUUGCCAUUUUUUGGCCUUUUAUUCCUCAGUUUGUCUGUAACUGUUUGUUUUACUGGGCCUUGUACUUUAAUCCAAUUAUCAACAUUGAUCUGGUGGUUAAAGAACUAAGGCGUCUGGAGACCCAAGUGCAAUGACUGGCAUUGGAACUUUGGAGCUGUUUACCUUCUAAAGAUGGACGUUUGCUUUUUUCUUUAUAUAUGUGGCAGUGAAA